AUGACUUUCGACAUUUCCAAGUCGCGGUCGCGCUUCCCGGCUCUUCAGCAAGAUCAAGUUUUUCUUGAUAACGCGGGGGGUAGUCAGGCGCUGGACCAAGUGAUUGAUUCCAUAUCACAGUAUCUCAGCAAGACAAAUGUGCAGCUUGGCGCUUCAUACCACACUGGCACACAGUCCAACACGAAGUAUGAGGAAGGCUACCAGGCCGCCGCAAAGUACAUCAAUGCUGGUCGCGAUGAAAUAGUCCUCGGCUCCUCUACCACUCAAUUAUUUGUCAAUCUUGGCUCGACGCUACAGUUCCCUGCGGGAUCGGAGAUCAUUCUAUCAAAGAUGGAGCAUGAGACCAACGUAAAGGCGUGGCUUCUGAUGGCCGACCGUCUUGGGCUUACUGUGAAGUGGUGGGCGUCUAGCAAGGAAGAUGGACUCAAGCUCACAGCAGAGAAUCUGAAGCCACUCUUGAGCGACAAGGUAAAGUUUGUUGCUUGCACGCAUGUAAGCAACAUUUUGGGCACGAUACAUGAUGUCAAGUCGAUUGCAGAUGCGGUACAUGAAGUCGGUGCCUUGUUCUGCGUGGAUGGCGUAAGUUAUGCGCCGCAUCGUGCGGUUGACGUGAAGGCUUUUGGGGUAGACUUUUAUGCGUUCAGCUGGUACAAGGUCUAUGGCCCUCACAUCGCCGUACUUUACGCCAGCGAAUCAGGACAAAAGGCCAUGAAACCCAUGGCACACUACUUCAAUCCUACCAAGACGCUUGAGGAUAAGAUUGGGUUUGCUGGGUCAAACUACGAAUGUGUUCAGUCCAUUCCACAAAUCACUUCGUACCUUUCUGGCGCCUUCCCUGCCAUUACAGAACACGAGGGAAAACUGCAAACAAUCCUCCUCGACUUCCUCAAUUCGCGCCCUGAUAUCAUGGUUCUGGGCUCAUCAUCAGCGGACAGUAAAGUCAGGGUUCCAACUAUUUCGUUUGUAGUCAAGGGCAUGAACAGUAAGCAAGUUGUGGCUGAAGCCGAAAAAAUCAGCAACUACGGCUUUCGAUGGGGACACUUUUACUCGAAGAGAUUGUGCGACGAGAUCCUCGAGUUAGACCCUGAAGGCUAUGUUACGAGAGUCAGUAUGGUACAUUACAAUACUGAGGAAGAGAUCAAAGGGCUGGUCGAAGUAUUGAAGAAGGUUCUUCCAAAGGUUUGA